ACAUCAUCAUCAUAACACGGAAGCAGCAGCCAGAGAGGACGGCGGAGGACGGAGACGUCAGGAAGCCGCAGAUAGGUGCGCAGAGGCAAACAGCGCUGGUAAACACGGACAGUUAACAGCAACCAAAGCAGAGGCAGUAAUCAGAUUACAUCAUGGCGCUGAUCCCGUCCCAGGUCCUCCGGGUCGCCAUCCUCUUGUCCUACUUCUCCAUCCUCUGCCACUACAAAGCUCUGGACAUGCCGGCGCACCAGACCUACGGAGGAAGCUGGAAGUUCCUCACCUUCAUCGACCUGGUGAUCCAGGCGGUGUUCUUUGGACUGUGUGUCCUGAUCGAUGUGUCCAGUCUGCUAAUGAAGGGGGGGGACAGCCGGGAGCAGGAGCGGCAGCUCCGGAAGCUGAUUGGUCUGAGGGACUGGAUGAUGGCCGUCCUGGCCUUCCCUGUCGGAGCGUUUGUGGUGUUUACGUUCUGGACUCUGUAUCUGUACGACAGAGAGCUGGUCUACCCGAAACUCCUGGAUAACUUCAUCCCACAGUGGCUGAACCACGGCAUGCACACCACUGUCCUCCCCUUCAUCAUUAUCGAGAUGCGGACCACCCAGCACAAAUAUCCCAGGAGGUGGUGGGGCCUGGCUGCCGUGUGCUGCUUCGGAGUGGGAUACAUCCUCUGGACGUGUUGGGUCCACCAGGUGACAGGUGUGUGGGUGUACCCGGUGCUGGAACGAAUCACACCGCUCGCUCGGAUCGUCUUCUUCAGCGCCAUGACGACAGUGAUCUGCAUCCUCUACGUCCUCGGAGACAUCCUGAACAGCUACAUCUGGGACACGGCACGCACAGAAAAGGUCAAAGGUGAAUGACCUCCUGUUGACACAAGACCAGUUCCAGAAGCAGAGUCUGGACCGGCUCCGUCUGGACCGGCUCCGUCUAGAUGCCGGGAAGGAAAAGUUUUCUUCGAUCCAUCAGAAUGAAAAACAUCAGUUUUUCUUUAAAGAGAAAAACAACUUUUCUUCUUUUUCUUUGUACUGUUUUUGUUGUUUUUGAGCAGCCAUCUUUAAUCGGGAGGCAGGAGGACUGAACGUAACAUAAACUCGACAUAAACAGCAAGUAAACAUGCUAACAGCAUCUGUUAUCUGCUAAAAUCCAGUCAAAGGGAAGAAAGGACCACAGAAUAACUUAUUUGCUUUGCUGUCUGAGAGGAAAAACUCCAAGUUGGUAAAUAAAUAAAUUCAAGUUUGAGAGGAAA